AUUAUGGCGAGAUCUGGGAUCAGCCAGGAUCCUAACAGCAUCACCGCAGCCACUGUGCUAAAGCGGGCGGUGGAACUAGAUUCCGAGUACCGGUACCAGCAAGCUCUGGUAUGUUACCAAGAGGGAAUUGAUCUGCUUCUGCAGGUUCUGAAAGGCACAAAAGACGACACAAAGAAAUGUCAUCUCAGAAAAAAAAUUUCUGACUACAUGGACAGAGCUGAAAAUAUAAAGAAAUACUUGGAUCAAGAAAAAGAAGAUGGGAAAUAUCACAAGCAAAUUAAAAUAGAAGAGAACGCAACAGGUUUCAGUUAUGAGUCACUUUUUCAAGAAUACCUUAAUGAAAUGGUUACAGAAGUUUGGAUUGAAGAUCCUUAUAUUAGACAGACUCAUCAGCUGUAUAACCUUCUUCGAUUUUGUGAGAUGCUUAUUAAAAGAUCGUGUAAAGUGAAAACCAUUCAUCUUCUCACCACUCUGGCUGAAGACACUGCGAGAGCAGAGCAAAUGAAUGGCCUGAGAGAAAUAAAAGAUUCACUUAGGAAUCAUGGUGUAUUGCUGGAAUUAGAAUAUUCUUCUUCAAUACAUGACCGGGAGAUUAGGUUCAACAAUGGAUGGAUAAUUAAAAUUGGAAGAGGACUUGAUUAUUUUAAGAAACCACAGGGUCGUUUUACCCUUGGAUAUUGUGAUCUUGAUUUAAGACCAUGUCGUGAAACAACAGUGGAAAUUUUUCAUAACAAACACACAAAAAUGAUUUAA